ACGUCAGCCUAACUGCCUCUCGCUGCAGGAUUUCUCUGAGCUCCUUGUGGAGAGAGGAAGUUCCUGGGACCUCUGUUCUGAGAGCAAACACUCACGAUGGGGAGGAACUCAGAACCACUUUGUAAAGAAGUAUGACAACAGGAGCAGAGACAUGGAUAUGCAUGGUGAUGUUGGGAGAAGAGUGCAUCUCACUGGGGACUGAAGAUCUGUGAUGGAGAUCUAGCCCAGACUGCAGUAGAGAUGGGCAUGAAUCAGAAAAAUGGAAAGAGCUGAAGACUUCAGGACCCUUCGAGCAAAAUUCCAAAAUGAAUCCAGCAAGCCCUCAGGAGAAAUCAGCCUACGGCAACAUCUUGGUGCCAGUUCAACACCUUCUCCUGAACCCAAGACUGUGCAUCGAGUACAACCUCCAGAAAUCAUCCCACGGCAAGGUCCCACUUCUAAGGCUGCCCCUUGUGCCAAGCCCAGGUCCUCACACCUGUCACAAGUCCCAGAUCAUGAGCAAAAGCCUGCAUAUAUCAGCUUAGCAGCAGCUGAAUCACAACUCAGUGGCACAUCCCAGAAAUCUGAGACAACACCUAUCAAACCUAUGGUCCUGCCCAGAGUCAAACUUUGUGAGUUGUCUGAAAUAAGGAAAAAGAAUGAAAAGAAAGCUACGGAGUCUCCAGAAACUCCGUGGAAAGCAUCUGUGCCUGUGGCCCAUCCUCAAAAACAACGUCCAGUGUCCUGUGGCUACUCUCAAGAAGCCGGGUUAGCAGAUCAUUCUUUCCACAGCACUCUGCGCAUUUGGGAAAGUGCUGCAGCAUUUCAGGGAGACCAGAUGUCUUCCACAUUGCCACCCCAACGCCCAAAACGGACAACAUCUCUUGCACAGCUAAGCACUAGCAAUAAUAAUUCUGUCACUGUGGAGGAGAAAGCUGAAAUGUGUGAAAAUGUCCAAGCCUUGACACUUGCUGCACCACAGAAGCCUUCUCAAGGGGACCUGACUCCUUUUCCCGCGGUGUCACCACCUCUUCCACCGAGGGGCCAAACAGGUUCAGAGAAUUUGACACCUGGAGGUCUUAAAAUUAUAAAUUCUUCCCCCAGUACUAAUAAGAUGGGCAGACCAAGCAAGACUCUGCAGUCUUUAACUGAAAGGCAAAAUGAUGCUGAAGAACUCAAGCUUCCAAAAACUAAGCCACUUCCGUCCAUUGUAUCACUUGGUCCUCCACCAAAGAAACCAGCAAGGCCUCCCAAGGUAGAUCUUAGUCCUUUCUGUCGGAACCUUCCAGAUGCUACAGAUGAUGCAUAUAUCACUCCUGAAAUAACGGAUGACUUGAACAUGUAUGAAGAAUCAAUGUCUUACCUGACCCAGCCAGAGAGUUCCAUUAAUUCUGAUCAGGAACUUGCACACCCUCUCAAGCCUGGAAAAAAGGAAGAUACCAAGAAAUCAUAUUUCCUUACUACCACACCUAGCAUUGGAACAGAGGAUACAAAAGGGAGAGGACCACUCUGGAAUCCUGAAACAACAAAACAAGCUAAAGAAAUAGUCAAGAUUAGUAGCCAUGAUAGAGUGCUCACUAAACCAAAAAUAAAUGGAGAAUGUAGAGGUGAGAAGUACCUGCUUCAAGAGGAGACCACAUCAUCUUUACCUGAAGAAGGAGUAACAAAAGAUGGGAAUUAUGGCUAUGUGUGCCCAGAAACCUUGAAAAUAGAUGAAGAGCAAGCAAGCCUAGACUCAAGACCCCUUAAAUUGGAGCAGCCGAUGGAGGAUAUGUACGAUGAUGUGGAAGGAAUACAGAGAGACCUGCAAGCCUGUGAAGCCCAUCGCUCAUUUGCUUCAGAUACCUGUGAUGCCUAUGAAGAAACGUAUGAGGAUAUUCAAAAUGAAGGUUAUGGAUCAUCCAAAAUAGAAGAUGCUAAAGUCGAAAAACUAAAGGGGUUUGGAAAAUUGUUCAAGAAAGGAAAAUUCAAAAUAAAAAAUGCACAAUUGAAAGACAAUGCCCGCAACCUAUCCCGUUCUGCACCAAACCUAGAUAUUAUAGCCAAGGAGGCCAUAGUGUAUAAUAAUGUCAGCGCUGAACAAAUGGAUACAAACUCUUCUCCAAGAACCUUAUUUAGGGUCAAGAAAUAUAAUUUGGAGAAGAAUAACAAGAUGACAAAAGAGGAAAAAUUGUUUAGAGAGAAGUUCAUGUAUGAUAAAGAGAUCAAAGUAAUUAAUACUGCAGUUGCACACUGUUCAAAUACUUUGACCAAAGGGAAGCUGGACUUGAAGAUUACAGCUGGAGAACAACUUGAAGUUAUUGAUGUUACUGAAGGAAACCAACUACUAUGCCGGAAUUCUGAAGGCAAAUAUGGUUAUGUGCUAUUAGAACACUUGGAUUUCAGGCAUUAGUGCUACACAGCUAGAACAUUACUGAUGUUUCCUAUGAAGUAAUGAUGCAUGGAUGGAUCUGCAUGCUGAAAACUAACACCAGUGAAAGGAAACAGCUGGGUAGUUGAUGGCAAAUUCAAUGUACAGCUUGAGUUCUUUAGUAGCUGAGUUUUAACAAUUGCUGUUCCUUGGAUGAAAAUGAGUAUGAUGUUUUUUAAAUAUUGUAAAUUCAAAAUGGUGGUUCUCAAGAUUCAUGCCACUCUGUGUGUGCCUUGAUAAUCUAGACGAGCAUUGGUUCCCAACCUUGAGUCCCCAGAUGUUCUUGGACUGUAGCUCCCAGAAAUCCUGGCCAGCACAGCUAGUGGUGAAGACUUCUGUGAGUUUUAGUCCAAGAACAUAUGGAGGGACAAGGCUGAGAACCACUAAUUUAGAGAAAUGUUGUAACCCCCAAAGUACCAUGUACUGGGGUAAUAUGCUUUUGCAUGCACAAACAUUUUCCUCAGAUUUUGUUUUCAGCUGCCAACCCCUCAAACAAUGGAAGAUCUUCCAACUUUAAUUACGGUAAUGUGUACAGAAGUCUCCUUGCUUCUUUGAAUCAUGGACAGCAUACAGAUAUUCUAUGUCUUAAAUAAAAUGCUCUGCCUGUGUGCGUGUGCAUGAUAGAAAGAGAAUGAAUUCUACCAAUAUCAAGACACUUGGAAUUUGUAUUAAGCACAUGAACAUAUUAACACCUAUUAAAUAUAUUGCUCUUAUAAUUGACACAUUAGUUUUAGAUGUAAAUAAUUAACAUUUAAUGGUAGACACUUUGUUUCUAAGGGCUGUCUUGCUAACUGUACUUUAUAAUAUAAAGUUGUAGGUCACUUUACAUAGUUGACCAAUUUCACAUAAAUUAAAUAUGUACCUUGGCUUGCUAUGUUAUUUGUCUUAUCUAUUAAGUACCGUUGAAAAAAAAUAAUGGAAAGGACACUUCUGGGGGAACAAAUUCCUCUUUUCCCCUUAAAUCGCCAAAGCUGCUGCAAAGGAUUGGGGGCCUUUUUUUGGAACAGAAUGAAUUGGGAUGUAGGAGGAGAAAAUACUCACUGAAUGAGUGGAUGUUCUCUCAUGCCAUUUUGCCCAAUAAAAUCAGUUAAAAAAACCAAGGUUCCAAUUAAAGGGUAUGGUCAUGACAUAGGUGUCCUCCGGACCACUCUUCUGAUUUUGACAUUGAUGGGUUGGUUUCAUCCACAACUUAAGGACUGCAGCACAGUUGGCCAAAGAUAUGUUGGCUAUUCACAACGGUGAAUCACCAGUCACUGGGAAAAUGGAUAAAACAAAUAAAGAUGGGGGAAAGGGGAUGUGCUUACAAAGAGCGCAAAGAUGAUGAAAAUCCUUGUCCCAUUGCAGUGUUGUACACAUUAGAGUUCUUGCUUAUUCCAUGAAGUGCUGAUAGUUGUAUUAGAAAUUAAACUUGUAACAGUUAUCAGAUAUGAUGCAUGAGGAAACCUUGCAAUAAAAACCAAAUUCCA